AACUUGGCUCAAACUUAUUCGUAGUGCGAACCGCGCGAAACGCAAUCGUCUUUUUGCGACAGAAUAUUUACGAUUAUUAUUAUUUUUCAAACAAAUAUUUUUGCCUGAAUGUUGGAUUUCAUAUGUCACUAUGGAUCUUUGGAUGCUAAUAUUAUGCGUUAUACCAGCCUUUGUGACUUCCGUUACAGUGUUAUCAAACGGAAAUAGUCCAGAAACUAAAACAAGACAUAUGCAAAUAGAAUCAAACAAUUUCAAUCCCAUAACACCAAGACCAGAAGGCGUCAUCAAAUAUAAAACAAAUAAGGCCACCAAAAUUAACUCAACCAAAAUAGGAAUAAAUGAAAGGUAUCGAAGGUUAAUACCGUACAUGACAUUCUAUUAUGCAAACGAUAUAGCAACUCCGUCCACUGUGCCACAACAGAACCAAGGAAAGUCAGUUGAAGUUGAUAAGGCAGAAAUUAUCGAGACUGGCAACAUCAAUCCUAAUCAGAGAGAAGAACGAGUAAUCAAUUCCUUUCUAAGACAUAAAAAUAUACCUAGGUAUCAAGGAAAUCGUUUAACGCAACACAAUAUCGCAUCAGCUAAUCCAGGCAAAUUGUACUUAAAAGAGGUCCCUACAUUUUACCAACCAUCAAAUAAGUACACUCCAAAUUAUAAUCCUCUUUUAGUUGAACACGAUAUUCGCGAAGACAGAGAGCGUGAGUAUGAGAAAUUUAUCGCCAAACCUAUCAAAGCCCCAAGUUCACCAUUUACACAACAAUCAAGAAAACCCUUUUUGAAUUUUUACCAAAAUGAUGAUGCUAAUGUACAAUAUUAUCUAUCAGAAAAGGAGGUUGCACCAAAAUAUAAACUGAUUCCCUACGAGCAGACACCUCCAAUCAAAACUUUCACACAAUAUGAAAAUGUGGAGCCAGUCAAGCAUUACAAUGUUCCAAUACAUACUCAAAAUGAACCUAUUUACAUUAAACCCCGACCGAAGCCAACACCGCCACAAUUUGUUUACAUACACGACAAUGAGCAAUAUCGGCCGAAGAGACCACCAACAACAAUAUCUGAAAUGUAUUAUGAAAGACAAACUCCUGUAGCUCCACUAGCAGAACCAAUUAUUGAAAGUGGAUUUCAGCCAAUCUUACCAUCAAGGCCGGUAUCAACCGAAAGACCACAAUACACUCCAGUAUAUCAUCAACAGCCACAAAAAUUCGAAAGGCCACCAGAGGAUGUUGUAAUUAGAAAGCCGAGUUAUCAAUAUAUUUUAGAAGAAUCGUCCUAUAUAUCAAAACCAACGCACAACGAAAAUACAAAAACAGCAAGUUUAGCUGACCUGCUGAAUUCAUUACAGAUUAAUAAAUCUAUACCCAAACCCAUAACAAAGGACAAUGUCAGCGCAUCAAUUACAACAUUGCUUCAAGUUUUGAAUGCUUUAAGAGCGCAACAGAACGAAAUUGAACCACCCGUUUUAAGUACACCAAAAGCUUUCGAAGCUCCAGAAUUAGUCCAUACUACCCCAACACCUGUUUUACACGCUACAGUGGAGCAACCUCCGCAAGGCGUCGAUUUCGAAGAACCCUAUUUAGCACACGUUAAUUCGCCUUCCCAACACUUGGACGAAUACCCAUCAAGUGGAAGCAGCCAGCAAUUUCCUCAACCCAUACAUUCUGAUGAAGAGGGCGGGACACCAGGUCGCCCUGGAGUGGACUAUCCGAUUUUGACCGUUAUCCCGCCAACGAAAUUCGACUGCAAAACCCAACGGUAUAAAGGCUUCUUCGCUGAUCCUGAAACACGAUGCCAGGUCUGGCAUUAUUGUGACCUCAAUGGCGGGCAAGCCUCGUUUUUGUGCCCCAAUGGAACUAUAUUCUCACAGGCUGGUCUCACAUGUGAUUGGUGGUUUAAUGUCCGUUGCGCAUCGACACCUCAGCUCUAUGUUCUGAAUGAAAGUCUUUAUAAAUUUAUAUUACCUCAUUCUCCUAAGUUUCCAGAAGAUUACAGCGGUCCUUUAGUGGAUAAAUACCUAACCUUAAAAUUCAAGGAGAUGGAGGAACAGUUUAAGAAAAAUAAAAAUAAAAACGCCGCCUCCGAGAAAAUAGAUAGCGAAGACGAACCUGAUACUAUGGCUCAAGAAGAAACGAGUACAGAAAACAAGAGUGAAAUUGAAGGAAGAGAGGUAGGUAAUGGCGGGGUUAUUGUACAAUCUGCUGGGUCAAGCGGUAACGUGGAAAGAUUACAAGAAAAAUAACAAAUGCAACAAGUAAUUGUAUUAAAAUAUAUUUGUUUCACUUUGUAAUUGAAUACACUUCGAAAAGCAUUUCGUAACUGUCCGGUUUAAAAAGUUUUUGAUUGGUAUGUAAAAAAACAAAGCUUCAAAAACUCAAUCUAUUACAACUUAUCUUGUUGAAAUUUAUUUGUAAGAAUAAUCUUUUAACACAAUUAGCCAUUAGUCGAUAAGUCAACUGUGAUUUAGUUACAACCUAUUUAUAAGUUUGAGUGUGUACCACGCCUGGAUGUAUUAAUAUAGUAUUAGGAAUUAAACUUGCCAUAUUUCGCCAUGUUUAAUUCGAAUGUAAACCUAAGUUAAUUGUUUAUUUACUCUUGACCUAGAAUUCUUAGGUCCUAUUGCCUAAUACAUUCUUAAUUGGAUUUUUAUGUUAGAACUUGAAUUAUAAUGAGAACAGCAACUACGAAUAUAUCAAAAUAUCUCCUUUAAACUAACCAUGAAAUUAAUGUGAGUUCCAACCAUGUAUAUUCCAUUAAGUUCUGUACAAUACUUCAAGAGUGUACUUGUGAAAUUCUUCAAGAGUGUAAAAUAGUUAAAAUUGUACGAUGUGUUUAUACUUAAAAAGAUAGUUCCACUUGCAAACAUAUAAACCUUAUAGCGAAAUCUUGGAAUUGUUAAGAAUCGUUUCCUUUACCACUUACGCAAAAGGUAUUAACUACUCCUUUGAUAGUUUUUGUCAACUAUACGAAUCGUGUAAAAACUCCAUAUUAAAAAGAUUUCUCAAAUUAUUUCUAGACAGUACAUAAUUCCUUAGAAAAUAUGUCACAAACCACGAUCAUAUUUUGUUAUAGUACUAUAUAACAGCAGGUAAUCAUUAUUUUUGUAUCUACGUUUUCUUCGAUUCAUUGUAUAGUGUUAUUUCUU